AACCCGGCGGACGAGAGCGUGCGGCCGCGGCGCCGCCAACGCCAACUCGUGUGGGACCCUCGCUCCCGCCGGCCGCCCGCUGUCUGUGCGCCGUCCUCCGCCUGCAGCCGAGCCCGCCGCGCGCUGCCUGUGCCCUUGGGAGGCUGGCAUGCAGGAUGGCAGGACAGCCCAGCCACCUGCCCCACGGAGGAAGCCCGAACACCCUGUGCCACACGCCAGGGCCUGCGCACCCUUCGGACGCCCAGAGGCACCCUACCUCUCUGUCUUUUCGCUGCUCACUGGCGGACUUCCAGAUCGAGAAAAAGAUAGGCCGAGGACAGUUCAGCGAGGUGUACAAGGCCACCUGCCUGCUGGACAGGAAGACGGUGGCUCUGAAGAAAGUGCAGAUCUUUGAAAUGAUGGACGCCAAGGCCAGGCAGGACUGUGUCAAGGAGAUCGGCCUUCUGAAGCAACUGAACCAUCCGAACAUCAUCAAGUACUUCGACUCGUUUAUCGAGGACAACGAACUGAACAUUGUGCUGGAGCUGGCCGACGCAGGUGACCUCUCGCAGAUGAUCAAGUACUUCAAGAAGCAGAAGCGGCUCAUCCCCGAGAGGACAGUGUGGAAGUACUUUGUGCAGCUGUGCAGCGCCGUGGAGCACAUGCACUCGCGCCGUGUCAUGCACAGAGACAUCAAGCCUGCCAACGUGUUCAUCACAGCCACAGGCAUUGUAAAGCUCGGUGACCUUGGGCUAGGCCGCUUCUUCAGUUCUGAGACCACUGCGGCCCACUCACUAGUUGGGACACCGUACUACAUGUCACCUGAGAGGAUCCAUGAGAAUGGCUACAAUUUCAAGUCUGACAUAUGGUCCCUGGGCUGUCUGCUAUACGAGAUGGCCGCUCUACAAAGCCCCUUCUAUGGAGAUAAAAUGAACCUCUUCUCCCUCUGCCAGAAGAUAGAGCAGUGCGACUACCCGCCUCUCCCAGGAGAGCACUACUCUGAGAAGCUUCGAGAACUGGUCAGUAUGUGUAUCUACCCUGACCCUGACCAGAGACCAGACAUCAGUUAUGUACACCAGGUCGCCAAACAGAUGCACGUCUGGAUGUCCAGCACCUGA